AACCUACCAAUAAUAAUAAUAAUGAAGAAGAGUAUGUUUUUAGAGAUGUAUUAGGCUCUAAAUUUGAAGGUUAUAAUAGUGUUUUUUCACCAAUCAAUACUUCGAUUGAAAUUGAGUUAGGAACUAAGUUUCACUCUAUGGAAAUCACAAAAAAGGUAUUUAAGUGUGAUUUGGAAGGAAGGUAUGUUAAAAAACAUUCAAGACCGAUAUUAGCAACUGUAACGUCAUUUAAUAAUGAACACAACCAUGAGAUUUCUAUUGAAACUGUGAAAUUUUCUACCACUUACAAAAAUUUUUCUGAAGAAAUCAUGGAACAGAUAAAAUUUUAUGUUGUGCAUGGCCGAUGUGAUGCAGGAACAAUUAGGAAUCUCCUUCAACUAAAGUAUCCUGAUCAUGUGUUUCUUAUUCAAGACCUAGGGAAUGCAAUUCAAAGAAUUAAACGAGAAAAGGGAUUGAAUUUAGGGGAAAUAGCAUCUCUAUUAAUGAAGCUUCUUGAAUUGCAAGCUAAUGAUCCUACAUGGUUUGUAAAGCUAUUAAUAGAUAACACAAGUAACUGGUUAGUUGGUAUUUUUUGGAUGUCAUCAGAUCUCUUUAUAUUAAUCAAUAACUAUAAUAAGAGUAGGUUGGCAGCUCAAGCAUUUAUGCAGAAUGAAAGACAAGAAUCAUACAAAUGGUUACUUCAAUAUUAUCUUGAAGCAUGUGAAAUUCCUCUAUUAACAUUUGUUACUGAUGCUGACACCGCAAUGAUUGCAGCCAUUUUUAUAAUAUUUCUAGAGAUUCAUCAUAUGCAAUGUUUAUAUCAUCUCUAUCAAAAUCUUCCAAAAAACCUUCGUUCAUGUUUAGGAUUAUCACUUUAUCAGGAAUUCCUUAAAGAUUUUAAAGGAAUUCAAUGCUCUUAUUGUGAAAAUGUAUUUGAAAAAUAA